AGGUGCAAGACGAAACUUAAGAAAUGAUUUGCUGGUGGCAGCAGAUUCAAUCACCAACACCAUGUCUUCUUUGGUAAAAGAACUAAAUUCUGAAGUGGGCAGCGAGACAGAAAGCAAUGUGGAUUCUGAAUUUGGACGGACUCAUUUUGAUGACCUUGUUCCGUCCCCAACGUCUGAGAAGGCUUUCCUCGCCCAGAUCCAUGCCCGGAAGCCAGGGUACAUCCACAGCGCUGCUGCCACUGGCUCCAUCCGCAGUGACAUGGUUACAGAAGAUGGAGAUCCCUAUGUCAGAGCAGAUGAUGAAAAUUACGAGAAUGACUCUGUCCGCCAGCUGGAGAACGAACUGAAAAUGGAGGAGUACCUGAAGCAGAAGCUGCAGGAUGAGGCAUACCAGGUCAGUUUACAAAGUUGAGUGCAAUAUCCUUCUCUCUCUCCUCUCAAGCAAGCUGCAGUCAGACAGACAAUGAAAGCUACGUAAGAACUGACGACGAGGAGAGCUGCUUUCGGACAGACGAUGAAGAAAACUCAGCUGCCAACUUCACAGAAGAGUGGAACCAAGAGGUGCAGCGUCUCUUGACGAAAAAAUCACAUAACUAAGUUCUGAGGACUGUAGCACAGUACUUUUGUUCUAAGAGUUGUAGUUUGUAGAUGUGUGUUUUUGACAACGAGACUUUUGUUUAAAGCUAACUUACAUUAGCUACAUCUUCUGUAACAUGGCUCAUUACCGGGGAAGAAAACAGACUGACGUACAUACCGCCGUUACAAAGGAUGGCGGCAUUAACGACUCACGUAAACCCUUUGCACAUGAUAUUAAACCUGUUCAGUUUACAAUGACAAUACUGUUUAUAGAUAGAAAUUUGAUUUCUGAAUACUUUGAGAUUUUAGUAGAUUGGUUUACUAUACACUGUACAUUUUUUCCACAGAAGAAAUAAAAAGCUACAAUUAUGCAUUUAACACUGAAUGAUUAUGCUCCUGAGUGUAUAUAUCUAGUAGCCCAAAAAACAAAGUACCAGACUAUAUUUGCAAUUUGUUUGCAAGUCUUUAAGUUAAGACUUAUGCAAAAUGUACUAAAAUAAUAAUAAUAAUAAUAAUAAUAAUAUAACUAAUAAUAUUAAUAAAAAAAACUCUCUAAUUUAGGGCUAAAGUG